UAAUUGAUGAUAAUCCAAAUGUUUGUAGGAGUUUAAUAUGUAGAGACUGUUUAGAAGUGAAAAGUGAUGGAGAAAUAGCCUUAGCUCCUGUUGAAUGCGGUAAAUGCCCUGAAAUGACUGUCAUUGCCCCUUAUUAUCCCGCCGUAGCCAGUCAGCAUGACGAAAGAGUUUUGUUAGUUAAAAAUGAGGUGAGUGAGUUGAAAAAGGAGGAUUUUGAACAAAUGAAAAAACUAACAGCCAUUAACGAACAAAAACAAGAAGUAGAUUUUGGUUUUGCAGGAAAAUAUCGAACUCAAACUAAUACUUCUCUUUCUUGGAAUUGA